AUGGUUGUAGCACAGAUAUUGGAGCUUGGAAUUGUAUCUCACUCGGUCAUCAUCGGUUUAUCCUUGGGCGUAUCUCGGAAAUCAUCUACAGUUACGCCUCUCGUAGCAGCGCUCUUCUUCCACCAAUUCUUCGAGGGGUUUGCCCUUGGAGGCUGCAUAUCUCAGGCUGGAUUUCAUAACCUAAAAACAGUACUAAUGGCAUUCUUCUUUGCCAUCACAACUCCUGGAGGAAUAGCUUUAGGGAUCACAACUGCAUCAUUUUAUGGUCCUGAGAGUAAAACUGCUACGAUUGUGCAGGGAAUUCUAGACUCAACCUCUGCAGGCAUUUUAAUUUACAUGGCAAUGGUGGAUUUGAUUGCCAUGGAAUUUAUUGGUUUGCUGAAGAGCAGCAGUGUAUUGUUGAGAGUGAUCUUGUGUUUUGCUCUGUUUCUUGGUGCUGUGUCCAUGUCUAUGUUGGCUAUUUGGGCAUGAUUAUUUGUUCAUUGUAUGUUUGAGUGUAGAGAAUGUACCAUGAUUGUUUUUAGUUAGGCUGAAUUUUUUUUUUUUUUGUUAAUU